AUGCCCAUCGGCAAUAUCUAUGUGAUUGCCUCCGUCGCCGUCGUCGGCGGUGGCCUAUUCGGCUUCGAUAUCUCGUCGAUGUCCGCUCAGCUCACGGAGAAUUCUUACAAGUGUUACUUUAACCAGGGGCCUAAGGGCCCGCCUUUCAACGAUGACUUAGAAUGUAGUGGUCCUACUUCUUUGAACCAAGGUGGUAUCACUGCUGCCAUGGCGGCUGGUUCCUGGCUUGGCGCCCUGCUUUCCGGCCCUAUUUCGGAUCGUAUGGGCCGAAAAUGGUCUAUCAUGCUGGGGUGUUUGAUUUGGAUUGUCGGAUCCGUCCUCAUCUGUGCCGCUCAGGACAUUGCUAUGCUGUGUGUUGGUCGCGUCAUCAAUGGUCUCUCCAUCGGUAUCGAGUCGGCGCAGGUCCCUGUCUACAUUUCCGAGCUGUCGCCUCCUUCGAAGCGUGGCCGUUUCGUCGGUCUGCAGCAGUGGGCCAUUACGUGGGGCAUCUUGAUCAUGUACUACAUUUCUUAUGGAACCUCCUUCAUUGGAGAGCAGAAUUCGCAACACUACAACCCAGCUUCCUGGCGUGUCCCCUGGGGUCUUCAGAUGAUCCCCGCCAUCUUCCUGUUCUGCGCCAUGUUCUUCCUGCCCGAGUCGCCCCGUUGGCUUGCGCGCGCUGACCGCUGGGAGGAAGCCCACGAUGUUCUCGCUCUUGUGCACGGCAAGGGAGACCGCGACCACCCCUUCGUUGCCCUCGAACUGCAGGACAUCCGCGACAUGUGCGAGCUGGAGCGCCAGCACGCGAGUGUUACAUACCUGGAUCUCUUCAAGCCCAAGAUGCUCAACCGCACUAUGAUCGGGUUGUUCUGCCAGAUCUGGUCCCAGCUGACCGGUAUGAACGUUAUGAUGUACUACAUUGGCUACGUCUUUGGAAUGGCCGGCUACAAAGGAAAUGCGAACCUCCUCGCCUCGUCCAUUCAGUACAUCAUCAACGUCGUCAUGACCCUUCCGGCCCUGCUUUGGCAAGACAAGUGGGGGCGUCGCCCUACCAUGCUGGUCGGCGCCUUCCUCAUGAUGGCCUUCAUGUUCGCCAAUGCCGGUAUCCUCGGCGGCGCCGGAACCAUCAUCCCCAAGUCCGAGCGGGACAGCCCUGAGCAGUCGAUGAGCGUCACCGGCUCCGCCGCUAAGGGCCUGAUCGCCUGUACCUACCUCUUCGUCGCCUCGUACGCCCCCACUUGGGGUCCCGCCUCCUGGACCUACCCGCCCGAGCUCUUCCCGCUCCGCCUGCGUGGUAAGGGUGUGGCCUUGGCUACCUCCGGUAACUGGGCCUUCAACACGGCACUGGGUCUGUUCACCCCGUCGGCCUUCACCAACAUUGCCUGGAAGACCUACAUCCUCUUCGGUGUCUUCAACUUGGCCAUGUUCGUGCACGUCUUCUUCAUGUUCCCCGAGACCGCUGGCAAGACCCUUGAGGAGACGGAGGCGAUGUUCGAGGAUCCCAAUGGCAUUCCCUACGUCGGCACCCCUGCCUGGAAGACCCGUGUUGCGACUAAGCAGACGGUCGCUCUGGAGCACGGCGACCUUGAGUCGGCGAAGGCCCACGAGGCCCGCACGACAACCAUUGAGACUACCGAGCACACUCAGUAA